GAAAGGUAAGAGAGGCAACUUCAGUGACAUAGCAAUAUGAUCUAAUGUAGUUGUUCAAUGUGUCCAUAAAUUCCCAGAGAGUGUUCUAGUGUCGGGAAAACCAUGAGCCAUAUCAGUUCUUCCUUAUGUUAUAAACUGUAUCCAUGAAGCCAUAACUGUACUCACAGCUCAGGUAGACAGAGUUGAUCUGUCUACCAUUCAUAAAGAACACAUUAAUUUACCCAGUGAAGUGAGUUCACAUGCAAAGAAAUUGGGGUCUCCAGGAAAACGUUUCAUGACACACUGAUGAAGAAAAAUUUCAAACCUAGAGACACUAAUUCUAAAAUGAAAUGACAGGAAUUGAUGAAAACGCAGAGGGAUGUCAGUUAUGAUGAGUGGUGAAGUUGGAUGAAGACUACAUUAGGAAAUAACGACAGAUAAAAGGUUAAGGGUAAAAAAUAGCGCCUGUAGAUCUGUAGGGUAUUUGAAGUUAAUUUAUGAGAGUAUUUCAUGCAAGGAUGAAUGGAAAGCCUUUAAUUAGCCAAUAAGAUUUGCUGCAUUCUGUACCGCGGUAGAAUAUAAGAAUUACUUAGGGGCAGAGAAAGCUAAGAAGGAGUCAGGAGGGGAGCUGCAGCUGCUCUGUGUGUGUGUAUGCAAGUGUGCGGGCAGGGUUUAGACACGUUCAUUGAAGAGAAUCCGUGUGUGCUAUGAACAAAAACAGAAAAAAAAUUCUUUGAACAUAAGAGCUAGAACGGAGACUUCAAGAGACUAUAGAAUGUUCAUAGUGAACCCAAGUUAUCUGACAUACUUAGCACUUUAUGGAGCAAAGUGCAAUGCAAAUAUACCAAGCAAAUAAUUAUUGAGCUGAAUGACAUCUGUGCUCCUUAUGAAGUGAGAGACUAGUAACAGUCAAAAGCAAUUCUUUUCAGAGUGUGGAUUCAAAAUGUAAAAACUGUUGAUCAUAUAUUUUAAUGAAUUAAAAAAAAGCCUGAAUAUGAUAGAUACUGUUAAAAUGAUCUAUAAUAAAAUAUCUCUAAAUAUGACAUGCAGAUUGGACAGAAGUCAGGAGUCAGUGAUGACAAACCGCACAGUAACGACAUUCAUCCUGCUGGGACUGACAGAUGACCCACAGCUGCAGGUUUUGAUUUUUAUCUUUCUCUUUCUCACCUACAUGUUGAGUGUAACUGGGAACCUGACAAUCAUCACACUCAUCUUACUGGAUUCUCACCUCAAGACAGCCAUGUACUUCUUUCUACAAAAUUUCUCCUUCUUAGAGAUCUCAUUCACAUCUGCCUGUAUUCCCAGAUACUUGUACAACAUAGGAACAGGUGACAAGCUCAUUACCUAUAGUGCCUGCGCCAGUCAAGUAUUUUUUACUGACCUCUUUGGUGUGACAGAAUUUUUCCUCCUGGCAGCCAUGGCCUAUGACCGCUAUGUGGCCAUCUGCAAACCCCUGCACUACGUGACCAUCAUGAACAGCACAGUCUGCAGAAGACUUAUAUUUUGCUGUUGGGCGGCUGGUCUGUUUAUUAUAAUCCCCCCACUCAUCCUGGGCUUGAAUCUGGAAUUUUGCAAUUUGAAUACUAUUGAUCAUUUUAUCUGUGAUGCAUCUCCCCUCCUGAAGAUCUCCUGUUCAAAUACUUGGUUCAUGGAACAGACUGUUUUAAUCUGUGCUGUGCUGACUCUCAUUAUGACACUUAUGUGUGUCUUUCUGUCCUACAUUUAUAUCAUCAAGACAAUUCUAGGAUUUCUGUCUGCCCAGCAAAAGAAAAAAGCCUUUUCUACUUGUUCUUCCCACAUGAUUGUGGCUUCUAUCACCUAUGGAAGCUGCAUCUUCAUCUACAUUAAACCUUCAGCAAAGAAUUCAGUGGCCAUUAAUAAGGGUGUGACAGUGCUCACCACUUCCAUCGCCCCCAUGCUGAAUCCCUUCAUUUACACCUUGAGGAACAAGCAAGUAAAACAGGCCUUCAAUGACUCAAUGAAAAGAAUUGUAAUAUUUUCAAAGAAAUAGGGGGAUGUGAAGUAUAAUUUACACGUUAGAGUGAACUUCCCAAACUCUGUAGUCAGGUCAGCUUUCUCAAAACACUGUCUUAACUUAUCCUGGUCUAGGCAUUCAUUUUCUUAUAAACAUUCUCCCUUAAUAGGCA